CGCUUUUCUGCAUCCACAUCUAUACCUAAGGGCACAGCGAGAAUCACGACGUCCACCAUACUAGUCUCCUGGUCUACCUAACCUACUGCGUCGACUCCAAGGCCUCGCACACGGCCUGCACUCAUUCACCACCCACACGAUCGCGGAUCUGACUUCCGUCUACGCGCAACGUAGAACCGGAUUGCUUUCAUAUCCUGCAGCGCGCGAGGGCUAUACGACAUCGGGAGACCACUCUGAGCUAUCUAUACACUCCGUAUAACAUGACGACAUCCGCACAAUCCGAUGGCGCGAACACUUUCAACAACACUUCCGGGGAGUCGUUCUCCGCCGAAAAGUACUUUGCCACCCAACCGCCACCGCCGUCUCUCGAACAAGAUGUCGCGCGCGUGAAGGAUUUUCUGCAGAAGCAGCUGCAGGAGAGGCGGAAGGUCGUGCUCGUCACGAGCGGUGGGACGACAGUACCCCUUGAGCUCAAUGUCGUGCGGUUCUUGGAUAACUUCAGUGCCGGGACGCGUGGUGCAACAUCCGCGGAAUACUUCUUGAAGGCGGGCUACGCCGUCAUCUUCAUGCACCGGCAAUUCAGCCUGCAGCCGUUCAGCAGACACUACUCGCACUCCACCCACCCUUUCCUCGAUUUCCUCGACAUCAAUGAACCCUCCGGCUCAUCAGCACCAUCCUUCGGAGACAUUGCCGUGCGCCCAGAGGAACGCGCACAGCUGCUGGAAGUCCUCUCUACGUACAAGGCCGUGCAGCGCGCGGGAACACUGCUGACUCUCACCUUCGUCACGGUGAACGACUACUUGUGGCUGUUGCGAGCGGUGAGCCAGGAGAUGAGCUUGCUCGGGAGGAACUGCCUAUACUAUCUCGCCGCGGCCGUCAGCGAUUUCUUUCUCCCGAGACAGAAAAUGUCCGUACACAAGAUCCAAUCCGGCAAGGGUAGUCUACACAUCGAGAUGGACCAGGUGCCCAAGAUCCUCAAGCCGCUCGUCGCCGAGUGGACGCGCGAGGGGUUCAUCGUCUCAUUCAAGCUCGAGACAGACGAGGACCUGCUCGUCCCGAAAGCGCGUCAGGCGCUCGCGCGAUAUGGCCAUCAAGUCGUCAUCGGAAACGAACUCCAUCGGCGCAAGUUCGAGGUCGUGUUCGUCUCCCCGAAGUCCGCUUCGCCACCUUCCGCCUCUCCCGCGCUCUCUACAGAAAUCGCAGAGCCCCCGUCGGCGGACUACGAGGAGACGUGGCUGACGAUAGACUUGGAGCAGAACCCGGAAAAAGAGAUCGAAGAGGACAUUGUGGCUGAGCUUGUACGGAGACAUGCACGUUGGAUUGACAAUGCUACCAGGAACGUAUGAAUCGCUUGGGUCUCUGACUGUGGAGUUUGCUGUACCCUCCAUUGCGGAAACAACAACGCU